UCUUUCCCCACGGGGAUGUAAAUGGGGAAAAGUUCUCCCCCGACGGGUAAACGGGGACGGGGAUGGGGAAGCAUUCCCCAUCCCCGUUCCCCGCGGGGACCCGUUAAACUUACAUGUGACAAUGUUUUCAUGUAAUAGUUAAUGAUAAAAGUAAAGAAUUACCUUGUCCAAAGAUCACCCGUUGUACAAAUACAUUGAUUUUAAUGUGCACAUAAUGAAUUUUACAUUUAACAAUGUGUAUAAGUGAUAAUAUUUUACAUUAAUAACAAAUGAAGUACGAUUUAAUUAUAAUUUAAGCGGGGAUGGGGAUCCCCGACAGAGAUUUAUCCCCGCGGGGAACGGGGAUGGGGAAGAAAUGUCCCCCGCAAGUGUUCGUGGGGAUCCCCGCGGGGAAUUUUUUUUGUCGCGGGGACGGGUUUGGGGAGCUAAAACCCGACGGAGAAUUCCCCGUUGCCAUCCCUAGUCGUCUCGUCUCCCCUCCCUCUCCGCUGCAAAUUUGUCCGUUUGUUUGUUUGUUUUGGCAGACGCGGGGCCGGGGCAUCCAUCUAUUGCUUCCGACCCAAGUCACGGCUGGUACGCACGAUUGGCUACGGAUUACCGUACAGAGGCCGCGAUUGGCAGGGCGUUCCUGCUCCCUCCCUCUGUUGAGAUUGCAUGUGUAUAACCUAGGGUAGGGUACUUGACAUGGCACUGGCUGACCGCCGUCUCACAUCACAAACGACGCGCGCGACACGCCGGGCCGGGGCAUCGAUCCAUUGCUUCCGACCCACGGCUGACCAAGCAGAGAGUACUACGUCCAAUUGGUUACGCCCACGUGCUGUGCUCCCUCCAGCCGUCCAGCGCCCGGCACCGCCGCCGCCUACAUAAAUCCACACCAGACUGUUCCUCUGCUCUGAUGACCGGCCGCCCGGUUCAAGCACAAGCUAGCAAUGCCUCGUCUACGUCUUCCAGCGCGCCAGUGUCCACCCCGUAGGCCGUAGGAGUAGGACCGCAGCAGCGUGCCACUCCCACUCACACACCAUUCCAAAUGGACAGCCGCGCGCCCGCGCUGCUGCUGCUGCUGCUGCUGGCGUUGACCCUCUCCCUAGCGGCCACCGCGGGCGCAGACCCGCCGGAGCGGGAGCGGUCGGCGCUACGUGCCUUCCUAUCCGGAACGCCGCACGAGCGGCCGCUGCAAUGGAACGCAUCCCUCCCCACGUGCUAUUGGACGGGCGUCCGCUGCGACUCCCCCGCCAACGCCACGGUGACCGAGCUCCACCUCCCCGGGGUGGGCCUCGUCGGCGCCGUCCCUACCGGCACCCUCUCCGGCCUCCAGAACCUCCAGGUCCUGUCGCUGCGUGACAACCGCCUCGCGGGGCCCGUCCCGCCCGACGUCCUCGCUCUCCCGCGCCUCCGCGCGCUCUACCUCCAGGGCAACCUGCUGUCGGGCGCCGUCCCGCCGGAGCUCGCCACGGGGGCGCUGCCCGAGCUCGAGCACCUCGCGCUCUCGCGCAACCAGCUCUCGGGACCCAUACCGGACGCGCUGCUCGUGGGGCUGCCCAGGCUACGGUCGCUCAAGCUCGACGCGAACCGGCUCUCCGGUGGCCUGCCUGCUGGGACUGGGAGCGGCGCCAGGCUGGAGGCGUUCAACGUCUCGUUUAACGACCUCCAAGGACCCAUCCCCGCGAACCUCGCGCGAUUCCCGCCGGAGUCGUUCCAAGGGAACCCCGGCCUCUGCGGCAAGCCCCUCGUCGACCGCCCGUGCGCCGUGCCGUCCACGGGGGCGACGAAGAAACGGAAGCUUUCUGGCGCGGCGGUCGUGGCCAUCGCGGUGGGCUGUGGCGCGGCGGCCCUGCUGGUGGUGGUGCUCCUUCUAUCCCUGUGCGCGGUACGCCGGCGCCGUCAACACUCGGCGGCGGCGGAGGAGGCGAAGGCGACGCCGCCCACGCGCGGGCUGACGGCGUCGGGCGGCGACUUCACGUCCUCCUCCAAGGACAUCAGCGCUGCCGCCGGCAGCGCGGAGCGUGGCCGGCUGGUGUUCGUGGGGAAACACGCGCACCUCCGGUACAGCUUCGACCUGGAGGACCUGCUGCGCGCGUCCGCGGAGGUGCUCGGGAAGGGCGGCCUUGGCACGUCCUACAAGGCGGUGCUGGAGGACGGCGCCACCGUGGUUGUCAAGCGCCUGCGUGACGUGGCGGCGGCGCGGCGAGAGUUUGGCGCCUGCGUGGAGGCCGCGGCCGGAGCCGCCGAGGGGCACCGCAACCUGGUGCCGCUGCGCGGGUACUACUACUCCAAGGACGAGAAACUGCUCGUCCUCGACUACCUUCCCGGCGGCAGCCUCUCCGCCCGCCUCCACGGGAGCCGCGGCACCGGGCGGACGGCCAUGGACUGGGACGCGCGGGUGCGUGCCGCGCUGUGCGCCGCGCGCGGCGUGGCACACCUGCACACGGCGCACGGCCUGGCGCACGGCGACGUCAAGUCGUCGAACCUGCUGCUCCGCCCGGACCCCGACGCGGCCGCGCUGUCCGACUACUGCCUCCAGCAGAUCUUCCCGCCGGCUCCAGCGCGCCCCGGCGGGUACCGCGCGCCGGAGCUCGCGGACGCGCGCCGCCCGACGCUGUGGUCCGACGUGUACGCGCUGGGCGUGCUGCUCCUGGAGCUCCUGACGGGCAGGUCGCCCGCGCACCACGCGGCGUCCGGGUCCGGCCUGGACGACGGCGGGGCCAUGGACCUCCCGCGGUGGGUGCAGUCGGUGGUGCGCGAGGAGUGGACGGCCGAGGUGUUCGACGCGGAGCUGGCGCGGGCGGGCGGCGGCGCUGCGGAGGACGAGAUGGUGGCGCUGCUGCAAGUGGCCAUGGCGUGCGUGUCCACCGCGCCGGACGCGCGGCCCGGCGCCCCCGACGUCGUCAGGAUGGUCCAGGAGGUCAUCAGCGGGCGCACCACCACGGAGGAGAACGAGAGGAUUAGGGGCGCGGAGGAGGAGGCGGAGCGGUCCAGAGGCCCGACGCCGUGACGUGACGACGGUGCAACGCGACGCACACACGUACAUGGCAAAAUUGUUUGCUUUAAGUUUGUUCCAACACCUUCAUUGUUUAGUACAGUAUCUAACUCGGUCCGGCAUUGUUGUCUCGAUCGAGUAAUAAACAAAAAUACAAUUCUUAUUGUUAUUGUUGUAAGAUAUUCUUGAAAGAAAAUUGUACAUUGUAUAAAUUAGAUAUAUAUAUCGUCGCAUUGGAAAUAA